AUGUUGAAGGUGACAGGUAGCGGUGUGGGUAGCGGUGUCAUGCCGGGGACUGUCGCUCUGUUACCGGGCACCCUCCAUGCUGCAGCCGGGGACGGAGAGCAGGAGCCGGCUAGCUGCUCCGUGUUGAACCGGGACGAGCUGUCUCUGUACGCGGACCCCCCGCAGAGCCCCGGGUACGAGGAGCCCGAGCCGGGUCAGCUGGAGCAGAGCCUGGCCUCCUUCAGGAAGCUGCUGGAGCCGAGCGCCGACUGGUGGCAGGGAACAUACAGCACCAUCCAGCCCAGGGUUCACAGCGUGUUCCAGGGAGGACAGGACGCCUACUCCUACCUGGAUGACCCGCCGAAGGGCUUCUACCCGCGGGCAGGGGUCAUCGGGUUGACCGGGGUCCUGGGGCUGCUGCUGGCCCGAGGCUCCCGGGCCAGGAGGCUCCUGUACCCGGCCGGCCUGGUGACCCUGAGCACCUCCCUCUACUACCCGGAGCGGGCGGCCUCCAUCGCCAGGGCCGCCGGGGACUCGGUGUACGACCGGGCCGUGCAGGGCUACGCGGCCGUGGAGAGGAUGGUGAAGCCGCAGAGCGAAGCUGCAAAGGCCGCUGACUCAGACCCGAAGCCCCGGUGAGAGGAGGCCGACCCCGCCGCGAUCAGAAGCCGGAGAGCAGCUCCUGGGACCGGCUCUAAACUGGGACUCUCAUGCCCACUCUUUGCACUAAAGCCUCUUAUGGAUCUCAGGCCUGUUUGCCAUCAAAUGAGAAACUUCUGCCACUGAUUUGAAUGUAUAUUUAUGUAAAGAAUAAAUAGUCUUAUAAUAA